AUGAAGGUAAACGUCGUGAGGAAACCUGGACUUAAAUUUCUAAAAAGAAGUUUGAAAACAUCAACCCGCCGUAAACAAUCGUGGUGGUUCACACUUAAACCUUCUCCAUGUGAGAAGAGGCCUUUGCUCAGCCAUGGGCAUUUAAAGGGCGAUUUUGUAAUAAUGGGAAGACGAGUUAGACUUGUGACCUUCAGCGACGGCAGUAACGGCUUCCCUCGUAACGAAGGCUUCUUUCAGGACUGUCGGCUAGUGCGUCGCAAGCGCUGCCCUGAAGUUGUCCAGCGUGCCCAGAAGGUGGCCUACAUGGCGCGAGCCCAGUGCCAACAGAUGUAG